UGUCUUCUGACAUUUUCACUGGUGUUUCAAGUCUCAAUUUGAAACUUCAUAGUCACAGCACUACAGUUUGGCCAUACUGAAACUGGCUAUGUCUCCCACCAUGGACACGGCAUCAUCUCACGAUGAAUACCCCCCAAAAGCCAAUCUACGCCAGAAGCUGAAGCAGCACCCCCUGCCCGUUAUUGAUCCGGGAACCGUGGACCCGGCUUCAAUGGAAGGCGAUGAAGCCACCAAGCAAGUCUCAGCCGUGCUGAACGAGCUAAACGCGGCCCUCGAGGCCAGCGAUGCCGAGAGGCUGGCAAGCUGCUUCUUCGAUGUCCAGUCGUACUGGCGCGACCAGCUCGCGCUGACCUACCAUCUGCGUACGUUUUCCACGCCUGACGUGAUCGCAGCAGCUUUGCUGGAGACAAAGAAGCUACGGUUCGCUGGGGAAUUCAAGGUUGAGGGGGGCGCGCAGUUCGUGCCGGCUACGCCAGUUUUACAAUUCAUUGCCUGUAGGCUGUCCUUUAGAACCGGCUCGCCAGCCGCUAACUGCAGGGGCAGGAUGAUGCUCAUGCCCGUUAAAGAAGAUGGUGGCGGGAAACUCACUUGGAAAAUUUGGACUCUGGGUACCUGGCUUAAGGAUCUGGACGCAUGGCCCGAGAAUGAGGCUCUGCUUCAGUCGCCAGGCAGGAAGUCGGAUGCCCUGGAGACCUUUGAAACGGACGUCUUGAUCGUUGGAGCCGGAAAUUCCGGCGUUGCUCUUUUCACGCGCCUCAAGGCCCUGGGUGUUGGCAGCGUCAUGAUUGAUCGGAAUGCCCGUCCGGGCGACAAUUGGGCACUGCGUUAUGAGUGCAUGCGGUUUCAUGUGCCGACAUCGUCCUGCGAGUUGCCCUACAUGAACUAUGACGAGAACCUCCAAACUCCUCACUUCUUAACUCGGGAUGAACUGGCCGAGCAGGUAAAACGAUACGUAGCGGCCUUCAAUAUUGACAUCAUCCACUCGACCACGAUCAAUUCGACGGUGUUCAACCAGUCAAGUAAAUGCUGGACCGUGAAGCUCCAGACCCCCACGGGUAUUCGCACUGCGACUUGCAAGCAUCUUGUCCAAGCAACCGGCAUCGGCUCACAGAAAAUCUACCUCCCACCCAUGCUCAACAGCGAGCUAUACCAAGGCAUCAGCAUCCACUCGCAAAAAUUCCAAAGCGCCAAGGCCUUGCAAGAAAAGGGGGCCAAGUCCGUCCUCAUCAUCGGCUCGGCCAACACCGCCUUCGACGUGCUCGAAGACUGCCACCGCGCCGGUCUCAAGACGACUAUGAACGUCCGUUCGGCGACCUACAUCUGCCCUACCGAGUACAUAUUUGCCUCCAACAACCUUGGCGCCUAUGACCUCGGCGUUGAGCAGGCAGAUAUACUCUUCAUGACCGGCCCAACAUUCGUGGAUGCCCAGCUGCUCCGCGAUACGUUGGCGCAUUGCGCGAGUCAGGAGUCGGAUCGGUACAAGGACCUCAUUGCGGCUGGGUUCCCAGUGAUCGAUGGUCGGAACGCCGAGGGUGGGUUGAUGUAUCACCUCAUCGACCGUGCGGGCGGGCAUUACAUGGAUAUGGGCGGUACCAAGCCCAUUGCCGAGGGCAAGGUGGACAUAAAAGUUGGUGUUGAGCCUGUGGGGUACACGGAGACAGGCCUGAGGUUUUCGGACGGAAGUACGCUUGAUGUGGACGCGGUUGUAUGGUGUACUGGGUUCGCGGAUAAGGACGUGAGAGAUACUGCUGCUGAAAUUUUGGGAGGGGCUGAUGAGACUGCUACGGAGGGCAAUGACGAAGCAAAGAAUAGCCUGGGGUCUCGGAACGUCGCAUCCCGUCUCGACGCUACUUGGGGUGUGGAUGAGGAGGGCGAGGUGAGGGGCAUGUGGAAGCGUCAUUUGCGCGUGGAGAAUUAUUGGGUUACGGGUGGGUUUACGCAGCUGCAAAGGUGGCAUUCCAAGACACUGGCGUUGCAGAUUAAGGCGGCGCUUGAGGGGAUUCUGCCAGAGGCUUAUAGGGAUACUCCUGAUCCCAGGAAGGUGUGAAGGGAAUAGUAAGGGAGUGGAGGAAUGAGAAACGAAAUGAACAAGCCUGGAUACGAAUAUAAAGGAGUGUGGUCUAACAUAGGUUUUCUAGUAUCAGGACCUUGUUAGACAGUGGUAUUGUCCCGGAUAAUUGCAAAGAUUGAGAACUGGCGGUAAUGAGCUCUCAUCCUCGUGAAAUUGAAGAGUCGGGCUUGUUUAUAGCAUCGGAUCCACGUGUUAAUUAGCCCCUGAACUUAUGAACUUCUGAAAUUCCA